AUGUCAUCUGCUAACGAAAAAUUUUCAUUUCCCUUAUUAUUAGAUGGUAGUUUAAGAGACGGACAUAUCGAUGCCAAGUAUCAAUCAGAAGAUGCACCAUUUGAAUAUGAUUUAUUACAUACAUUACCACUUGUUAUUAUGAACGAAAAUGAAUUACGUCCAAUACCUGGUAAAAAUAAUGGUUAUUAUCGUAUAUUAUGGCAACAAAACAACAUUGAUCAUCGUAGUUUACCACAUUUUCAAUUGAAUGAUAUAGAAUAUAUAAACGGUUAUCAAUUAAAAGAAGACAUACGAUCAUCUGUUGAUACGCAUAGCCCAAGACAGUUAAAAUCAUUCGUUACACCAGAAAAAGCAAGUAUACUUUUACAAUACCAACACGCAAAUCAUGCUGAUAAUAAUCAUACGUUUAAUAAAGUCACAGAAUGCCAAAAAAACUUAACAGAUGAACAGCGUCUUCGAGCCAAACAGAAUACAAAUUUAAUAUUUCAGUUUUGUUCAGAUAUAUUUAAUAAAAAUGGAGCUCAAUUUUUACAUAGAUGUUCACUAGAUGUUCUGGAUAUGAAUACAUUACCAAAACAGUAUGUACGCAAACAAUGUAAACGUAUGCAUUUACUUAUUCGUUUGUAUGAAAGAUUAAUUUUAUCCCUUAUUGGUAUACAUCUACCAUCGAAUAUUGCUCGACGGAUUCAACUAGUACUGGAUUAUUAUGAACAAUAUCGAUCAAAGAUUAAUUUUAAUAUUGCUGAUAAGGACAGUUCAUUUAGACCAUUCUACUUUAAAGAAGGUAGAGAAUAG